GUGAUACACGAUCACGUGCCCAUUUCCCAGCCCUCCGCUCUCUUUACGGCUGACGUAAAGCACCGGUGGCUCUCGCAGACGGAAGUGGGUUGUUCCCCCUCAUGGCUAUGAGACCACAGGCAGCCGUGGCUGGGAAGGUCUUUAUCCAAAGGGACUACACCAAUGGCACCUUGUGUCAGUUCCAGACAAAGUUUCCCUCUGAGCUGGAGAACCGGAUUGAUAGGCAGCAAUUUGAGGAGACCGUGCGGACGUUGAAUAACUUGUUUGCGGAGGCUGAGAAGCUUGGUGGCCAGUCCUACCUAGAAGGGUGUCUCGCCUGUCUCACAGCGUACACCAUAUUCCUGUGCAUGGAAACGCAUUAUGAAAAGGUCCUGAAGAAAAUUGCCAAGUAUAUCCAGGAGCAGAAUGAGAAGAUCUACGCUCCUCAGGGCCUGCUCCUGACCGACCCGAUAGAGCGGGGUCUCCGAGUGAUCGAGAUAACCAUCUAUGAGGACAGAAGCCUGACCGGAAGAUAGGACUCUGCAGGUCGUCGGUCCUUCUGUUUGUAUAUAACUUUUUCCGCUCCACGGACUGUCCUCCCAUCAUUCCUCCGCUCACCAUUCCUGUAUCCUCAGCCAUCCUUUGAUGAAACCUUUAUGCUGUAACGGAUGGCAGCCGUCUACCUGUGCCAACCUGUUCCCAGACCCUGUCACCACCGUCUGAGUGGGCGAGCAGCAUCUUCUUAUACUUACGGGACAUCCAUUCCCUCCAGGACCGGGGCAGGAAUAAGGAGGAACCUCAUCAUGAGGGGGAUUGGGGUUUGCUAAUUUUGAGUAAUGUAUUUGGAGUCUUUUUGUUUCUCUCUUUGUGGCUGCUUCCCAGUGUACCCUCUCUUGUUAGUUUACCUAGUUAGAAAUUGGGUGACCGAAUUGGUAUUACUGCAGGGGAAGAAUCUUGACUUCCAAUAUUUGCCUCAUGCGACCUCUUUUUCUUUCUUUAAAUGGGCGGUUUAUUGUCCCUGAC